AUGUCACCAGCCAGAUCACAGCCGCGUGUCUGGCCGUGGAAUUUCUCAAAACCGAAAGUCCUCUUGAAGGAUGAUUGUACUGCGGUAAAGAUCAGAAUAACAGAUAUUGCGAAAGUCCGUAUCAUGUGCGUUGACCUAGAAUUUAAUAACCGCCUUCUCAUAAUGACAACGCACAGCUCAAUCUACUCACGCAAGACUAUAUCAGCUCUGGACAUUACAAACAGUCUUCUGGAGCAUAUCUUCGAACAAUACCGCAUUCCCUACGAUUUCGCAGACGUUGUAGCCUCGUUUGGACAAAAUCCAAACAUUGCAGAAGGGAGUAGUAGCAACACCGCUAUCCGUGCCAAAUCCCCAGGUGAUUGUAACCUGAGUUACCAAAUCCGUUACGUAGAGCAAAAUCAACGUGGUGGACAAGAUCCCUGGUCCUUUCGACAUACAGGGGUAUUCCAUCGCUACGAUGAGGUUGACACUAUUGUUUUAUUACAUCCAAUUCGAGCUCCACCUGUCGAGACAGUGAUAGCAGCCAUGGAGACGGAUCCUGUGGCACGAGCAGAGUUUUGCAGUAAUCCUUUCCUCCUGCACACCUGGCUCUUUCGACAGUAUUUCGAUAACUGGCGCUGGUACUUUCGCUACAUCGGAGAACUUUUCGCAGAGGAGAAUAACUUAGCCAUGGUCGUGAAGCCCGAGCACACCGAACCGAGCUCUAGCUUCCUUCGCGUUCAACAGUUACGCAAUAUCAACGACUUCAUCAUCUUCGCACGCGCGUGCUGUUCUGGUAAUUUCGUUUUGAUGGAACAAUUUUCAAUGGCAUCGUUUGAGCCGUUGAGCCAGCUGGAGAACCUGAGCGCGCACAAGUGUAAGAUGAAAGGAUAUAUCGAGAGCGCAGACGUGCUUAAAGGAAGAGUGCAGAAUUUGAUCGAUCUCAUUGGGUAUACUCUGACAUUGCACAACCAACUCGAAGCCGCGAAAAUAGACACCGAGUUACGGAACCUGACUGAGGGGCUGAAAAAGCUUACCGAAGACACUGUUGACGAUAGUGCGACUGUGAAGAUUAUAACCUUUGUAUCCGCUGUCUAUCUACCUGGAAAUUUCAUUGCCUCAAUUUUCGGUAUGAAUUUGUUUCUUUUCAAUCCUGUCUCUAAGAGGCUCCAGGUCUCUCCGGACUUUUGGAUCUUCAUUGCUACUUGGCUACCACUCAUUGUCAUGACUGGCGCCGUAUACGUGUUCAUCUUGUACAUCGAUUCUAGAAUCAAGCGCAAGCCAUUCCGAUGGCCUUUUCAAGGGAAGCCACGUAGCAAUUAUACGACAUCUUGUUCAGAGAAGGGAAAGACUCAGUCAGGAUAG